AUGUCCACCCUCACUGGAGAACUACGGGAUCAAGAAUCCGAGAUAGUCAACAAUUUCUUGAGCUCAAAAUCGGCAAUUUUUGCCAAACUGCUGAAGGUUCAAGACGAAGUAUGGAAGUGUCCUAAAGCCGAUGAAUACUUCAGGAAUCAAAAGGCGCGUGCUGUUCAAUCCGUGUCCGAAGAACAAAAGGCAGGUUUUUUCAAUAUGAUGACGAGGAUCGGUGACAACUUCCAAGAUCAAGAGAAGUUGAUCCCUCCUCCGUGGAAGAGAAUGAACUUUGAUGUUCUUGAUCUUUGUAUGGCCCCUGGAGGCUUCUCCGCUACGGUCUUGAAAUACAAUCGUUUCGCACAAGUGUGUGCCAUCAGUCUACCCACGAACGAAGGUGGACUUGAGAUUUAUCUUCCAGGCUGGCAGGAAAAAAAACGGCUCAAAGUUCAAAUGUUGAAUCUCGCCAUGCUUUCCGCAGAGCUUGGGUUUCCGGACUUGGCCUCAGCGGAUCAACCCUCGACAUCUAAGUUUUCGAAUCAUAUACCGUAUGCAGGACAAAAAUUCGACUUGAUUUUUUGUGAUGGACAUGUUCUUCCUUCAGCUGAUCCAGAACAGGAUUUGACGUCCCAGCGUAGACUUGCAGAUGCUCAGAGUGUCAUGGCAUUGCAAAGAGUCAAGUCUGCCGGGACCAUUGUGGUGCUUUUGCACCAGGUCUACAACCCGCGGGUUUUGCGGCUUCUGGAAGCAUUUGACAGAUUCUCCCAAAUCACACUUUUCAAACCGCCCUUUUGUCACGCAAAAAGGACUUCAUUCUAUCUCGUGGCGAAAAAUGUGGACCCUCAACAUGAGGUCGCGUGCCGUUUGAUUCGGGAUAUGAGAAAUUCAUGGAGGCUACGUACGGGCAAUGCUUUUGGUCUAGAGAUUCCUAAAGAUCUCAAGGAGCCACAAGACGAAGAGGAGUCUCUGGAAGGUAUCAUGCAGUCAUUUGGAGCGAAAUUGAUCACCCUCGCCGAGCCUUUAUGGAAGAUUCAGACAGAGGCUAUGGAGAAGGCAUUCUUGCGAUGA